GUGCGGGUGUAAUCCCGGCUCUUGUGGCUAAGAGUUCUAUUUGCUACGAUCCUCUUAUUUACGUCGGAAUGAAUACUCAAUUUCGACAAUCAAUAAAACGUAUUUUCGGAAUACACUCGAGGGGAAGGAACUCACAAACUGAUCGACGGUACAACGUCACGGUUACUUCGCCAGCACACAAAAUGACCAGCGUCAACGACCUUUCCAAGUACAACCCUGAUAGCGCCAGCAACGCCAAAAGACGGGAUAAGAAAAUUUCUAUUUGCGAUGAAACAUCUGAAAUACACAAUGAAGUCCAACGACCUAUGAAAAAUAUGGAAUUGUGCACAAUAGUAGAGAAUAAAAUUGGAUCUGACGCUGAAAGAUCGGGUGAAACCAUUUUUGACGAAGAUAGUAGCAAUGACUCUAACAAGAAAUAUUCGAAUUCAAAAUUACCAAGCGAACAGUGUCCUAUACUGACUAUGGUCGAUUCGGAAUGUACUCACUUUAUGAAAGACAUGCAACGAAAUGACAACGAAAUUGACAACGACGAUAUUUUGAACAUCUACGGUAACCAAGCAUACGAAGAACAUUCGACAGAUGUGUUAAUUGGUACAGAUGAAAAAAGAUCUAGGAUGAGACAUAGCUAUUCUUUGGACUUAAUAGAGGUUCCUAAAGAUAAUAAAAGGAGGAAACUAUCUGUUGAAACGAAACAUGAGACUGUAAUUAGAACAAAAGGGAUUGUAGAUAAUAUUAUUGAGCUGUGA